AUGGCCUCGCCAAGGAGUCUGUCGGGAUUGCCGGAUGACCCCCGACGUUUGGUCUUGUCGUCAUCAUCCAUGGCGAUACCCUUCCCCUUUCUAUCUUGCGAAUCCAUCCCGAUUACGCGGAAAAUUCGGAAAUUCGAAGAUUGGAGUAACCAAACUCGACGGAGCAGAACCCUAAGAUCAGAAGACGAAAUCGAGCACAACCUAACUAGAUCCGAGCAAUUCGUAUUCCCUAGUCCUAAAUCCCGGAGAAUCGAUUCGAGAAAUCAAUCGAGAAGAUUUGAAGUCGGAUUAGCGGAAGUUACCUUUGAUUCGUCGGGACGGUUGAGUGAGAAGAAGAAAAGAAGCAAAAAUGAAUAA